AUGGAUAGACAUAGUGGGACUGGGGUUGCAGAAAACUUUGAUUCUGGUUUAAUGGGGACCAUGAACGGAGAUGGAUACGAGAGUAGUGAUAGCUUUGAAGUUCCACCGCCUGAUAAUGGAGGACCGUCUGAGAAGAUGAACAACAAGUUCCGUAGGCACUCUCCCCACCAAAUACAAGUGCUUGAAUCUUUCUUCAAGGAUUGUCCUCACCCUGAUGAAAGACAAAAAAGGGAACUCAGCAUGAGAUUAGGCAUAGAGAAAAAGAAAAUCAAAUUUUGGUUUCAAAACAGGAGAACCCAAAUGAAGGCUCAAUUGGAACGCAAUGAAAAUGAAUUUCUUAAACAAGAGAACGAUAAACUCCGAGUGGAGAAUGAUUUCUUGAAGCAGGCUUUAGAUAGCCCCACAUGCAACAACUGUGGCGGUCCAGCAGUGCCUCUGUCUUCCUCGCACAAUCCUACUCCAAACCCCAAUGCAUUAGCAGCUAUGGAUGAAUUGAUCAAAAUGGCACAUAUGGGUCAUCCCCUUUGGAUCAAAGGGCUGCAUGAUGGACCGGAAACCUUGAAUUUGGCAGAGUAUGAGAGGUCUUUCCCCUCUUGCAUUGGCAUCAAACCCAGUGGAUACACAGUUGAGGCUACAAGGGAAACAGCCUGUGUUCCCCUUCGUGGCUUGGCCCUCGUCGAGACCUUAAUGGAUGCGAAUCGUUGGGCGGAUAUGUUUCCAUGCCUGAUUGCAGGAGCAGCAACGGUUGAUGUGCUAUCAAGCGGUACGGGUGGAACCAGAGACAAUGCAUUGCAAGUGAUGGUUGCUGAAUUUCAAGUUCUUUCACCUUUUGUUCCUGUUCGUCGAGUUCGAUUUGUCCGGUUCUGCAAGCAUCUUUCAGAUGGUGUGUGGGCGGUUGUGGAUGUUUCUAUUGAUCCUAGCAAUGCUGCAAAUCCGCCCAUGUUUGCAAAUUGCAGGAGGCUUCCUUCUGGAUGCAUUAUCCAAGAUACUGACAACAAAUACACCAAGGUUACAUGGGUUGAACACUCGGAAUACGAUGAGAGCACAGUCCACCAUCUUUUGCAUCCGUUACACGGUUCUGGUUUCGGCUUUGGCGCACAUAGGUGGAUCUCCACUCUCCAAAGACAAUGUCGCCGUUUCGCACUAAUAUUGUCCCCUUCUAUCAACGGUGAAGGCAAUGCAGGUUCUUUUCCAGCUGGCAGGAAAAACGUGUUAAAGCUUGCGCGACGCAUGACAUAUAACUUCCUCGACUGUAUUUGUGCUUUGAGUGAGCGUAAGGGUCUCGAUGUUGGUUAUGUUUGUAAUGCGGGUGAAGAUGUAAGGGUGAUGGUUCGGAAAGAUGCAAAGUAUCCUGCUGAGACUCAUGCUCUGAGCAGUUCAACUUCAGUUUGGAUGCCCAUAUCUCAGCAAAGGCUGUUUGAUUACUUGGUGGACGUAGGGAUGCGGUGUCACCGGGACCUUUUGUCAAAAGAACGGUCAACGCCGGCAAUGAUCAAUGUUGCCAAAGGCCCGGGACAAGGCGACCGUGUCACUCUCUUUAGUAGCGGUCUCGCUACCAACGGCAGCCUAAUUUUACAGGAAACUUGGAGCGAUGCAUCCGGUGCGCUGAUUGUGUGUGCACUUUUCGGCGGUACCUCAGCUAGUGUAGUGAUGAACGGCGGUGAUACAUCGCAGUUGGAAAUGUUUCCGAUGGGAUUUACAAUUCUUCCCGGUGAUGAGCGGCGAAGCAGCUCCGAUGGGAGUACAAGUAGUAGAUGCUUACUUACAACUGCGUCAGAGAUUUUGGUGGACGGUAAGAUAACAGCGGAAACAGUUGAAUGGAAUUGCAAAGUCUUAUCCCACCAAGUUCAGACAAUCAAAGCUGCCCUUUCAAUACCAUAG